AAAAAGAACACUGCUGUUCUUCAAUGCUGAGAGCUUGAAGCCUUAUGUUCCACUCAGAACUCACUUCUCAUCCCUGUUUUUCUUUUGUCCCAUUUUAUCUUUUAACUCAGCCAACUACUAGUGCUGCAAAAUCACAACAUGAGACUAUGGAGUUGACAAAUUCAGAAUUAAACUUUAUGGAUAAAAUGCUUACUUAUCGGAGUUUUGUCUUGAACUAUAUGGAUCCUCAGUUACAGAAACAGGCACGUGAAUUAAUUCCUAACGAACAGUUACUUUUAUCUGCUUGUCAAAAUAAUGGUUGUUCUGCGGAUGAAGUGAAACCUGAAGACUUUCUUCGAGAAUUAAUGUCUUGGUUCAAGAGUGAAUUCUUCAAAUGGGCUGAUAAUUUUGAGUGUCAAACAUGUGGGAGUAAAAUGGUUUCCCAUUCCGUGGAUCAACCUCGUCAGAAUAAUAAUGAAAUGGAUGGUGAUGCAAAUGUAGUCGAAGUCUAUGUAUGCAAAACAAAUCGUCAACAUCCAACUUAUCGAUUUCCACGCUAUAACAAUCCUAAAAAGUUACUUGAAACUCGUCUUGGCCGAUGUGGUGAAUGGGCAAAUUGUUUCGCUUUAUUUCUUGUCUCAGCUGAACGUUCUUCAUCUAAUCAACCAUGGUUUGAUGCAUGUCGUUUUAUUAUGGAUUGGACAGAUCAUGUUUGGUGUGAAGUCUGGUUAGAGGAUAAACGCACUAAACGUAAACGUUGGAUGCAUUGUGAUCCAUGCGAGGGUCAAUUGGACAAACCUUUGUUAUAUGAAUCAGGAUGGAAUAAAAAAGUGAAUUAUAUUCUGGCGUAUACAGUGCCACCACGUCAAAUAUCCAGUAAUCAAUUAACAUCUAUUGAUAUACAAGAUGUGACAUGGAGAUAUACACAGAAUUUUUCAGAGGUACGGUCACGUCGUAACCUGAUUAGGGAGUCUGUAUUAGCUGCGAAACUAGCAAAUAUUCACAAAGAUGCUGUACAAAGCUGGUCAUCAUUUCUCAAAGAGACAACACACAGUAAUGAGAAUCCAUUUUCGUGGAAAUCUAUUCUUAACGAAUUGAUAUCAUUUUUAAAUCCACCAAAAUCGACUGGCCAGCUUCCAGGUCGUCAGACUGGAUCAUUAGAAUGGCGUGCAGCACGUGGUGAAUUAGGCCAGCAGGCAUCAUCUGGAUCAUUGGAAUCUCCAACUAAGGGGUGA